AUGGCCGAACAUACCAAUCAUUUUGCCAAUGGCAUUGGGACCAAGAUUUCCCAGAUCGAACAAGUCAUUGCAUCAUCAUUGAGGCCCUUGCCCAAGGAAACUGGUGAUGGUACCUACAUCAAAGGCGCCACCACUACUGGUGUAGCCAAGGAUUUGGGCAAUAUCAGUUUGAAAGAAGUGAAGGCGAUUGUCGAGGUUGCCAAGGAUGCAGUAACCGGCGAACCUUGGAAGGACCGGGAGUACAUCAUGGAACGAGUGAUUCAGCUUGCGGCUGGUCUUCCUUCGACCUCUAAGGCUGGGAAUGAAUUGACCAACACGUUCUUGGGUACUCUAUGGAAAGACUUGCAGCAUCCACCAAUCUCGUAUCUUGGUCGUGAAUCCUCCUAUCGAAAGGCGGAUGGAUCUGGAAAUAACCCGUUCUGGCCGAACAUUGGUGCUGCAGGCACUCCUUAUGCCCGAUCAGUUCGACCGACGAUCAUGCAGCCUGUUGACCGACCAGACCCAGAAACCCUUUUUGAUACACUCUUGGCUCGGAAAGAGUUCAAGGAGCACCCUAACAAGAUUUCGAGCGUGCUAUUUUAUCUAGCAUCUAUUAUUAUUCAUGACCUUUUCCAGACAGACAAAACUGGUACCUCAUCGUUGACAUCGUCUUAUCUUGACCUGGGUCCUCUCUAUGGUAAUAACCAAGAUGAGCAGAACGCGGUGAGGACUUUCAAGGAUGGUAAGCUGAAGCCCGAUAGCUUCUCGGCAAAACGUAUCCUUGGGUUCCCACCCGGUGUGGGUGUUCUGCUAAUCAUGUUCAAUCGCUUCCACAAUCAUGUGGCUGAGAAUUUGGCAUUGAUCAAUGAGGGUGGCCGUUUCACUAAACCGGACGCAUCUAACAAGCAAGCUUACGCAACAUGGGACAAUGAUCUCUUCCAGACGGCACGCUUGGUCACCUGUGGUCUCUACAUCAACAUCAUUCUCAAGGAUUAUGUCCGAACGAUUCUCAACAUGAACCGGACUAACAGUGACUGGAGUUUGGACCCCCGAGCAGAGAUCAAAGACGGCCUACUCGGCUCGGCCCCAGCUCAGGCCACUGGAAACCAGGUCUCGGCAGAAUUCAACCUUGUAUAUCGAUGGCACUCUUGCAUCUCCGCCCGUGAUGAAAAGUGGUCGGAGAACAUGUAUAAGGAGAUCUUCAAGGGUCAAGACUCAAAGACGCUGAGUAUCCCGCAAUUCAUGCAAGGGCUUGGUCGGUGGGAGGCAAUGCUUCCUGAAGACCCAGAGGACCGUCCCUUUGCCAACCUGCACCGGAAGGCAGAUGGUACCUACGAUGAUGAUGACCUAGCCAAGAUAUUCCAAGAGAGCGUUGAGGAUGUCGCCGGUGCUUUCGGAGCAUCGAAUGUGCCGACCGUCUUUAAAACCAUCGAAGUCCUCGGCAUGAAACAGGCACGGUCUUGGAACCUGGCCACACUGAAUGAGUUCCGAGACUACUUUAACCUGGCACCAUACAAGACCUUCGAAGAGAUCAACUCUGACCCGCAGAUUGUUGACCAGCUCCGCCACUUCUACGAUCAUCCUGAUCUGGUGGAGCUCUACCCCGGUCUCAUCGUGGAGGAUGCAAAAGAGCCCGUACUUCCUGGCAGUGGUUUGUGUACCAACUAUACCACAUCCAGAGCCAUCCUUUCGGAUGCGGUUGCUUUGGUUCGUGGAGAUCGUUUCUACACCGUGGACUACACUCCUAAGCAUCUGACCAACUGGGCGUAUAACGAGAUCAAUUUCGAUAACAACGUGGACUCUGGCCAUUGCUUCUAUAAACUGGCUCUGCGGGCAUUCCCCAAUCAUUUCCGUGGAAACUCUGUUUACGCGCAUUUCCCGAUGGUUAUUCCGAGCGAGAACAAGAAGAUCCUCACAGGCCUCGGAAAGAGUGAACUAUACAGCUUUGCCGCACCUAGCUUUACUCCAAUCGCCCAAAUGAUCAAUUCCCAUGCUGCUUGCAAGGCUAUUCUGGGGGACCAGGAAGGCUUCAAAGUGACCUGGGGCAAGAUGUUGGAGUUUCUCUUGAGUCGUGAUGGCCACCCAUAUGGACGCGACUUCAUGAUUUCAGGUGAUCGUCCUGCAAAUGCGGCAUCUCGCAAGAUGAUCGGCGGUGCUCUGUACCGAGACAAAUGGGUAUCCGAAGUGCGGAAGUUCUACGAACAGAUCACUAUCCAACUAUUGCAGCGGAACUCAUACAAAGUGGGUAGUGCAAACCAGGUGGAUAUCUGUCGUGAUGUUUCCAAUCUCGCACAACUUCAUUUCUGCGCCAAUAUCUUUUCUUUGCCGCUCAAGACAGAGUCAAACCCCCGUGGUGUGUUUACCGAGAGCGAGCUGUUUCAAAUUCUGAGUCUGGUCUUCACAUGCAUCUUUUACGAUGUGGACGUUUCCAAGUCUUUCCAGCUGGAGCAGGCUUCUCGCGCGGUUGCACAGCAGCUUGGAGAGCUGGUCAUGGCUAAUGUUGAGGUGGUCGAUAAGGCUGGAUUCGUCGCCAAUAUUGUGAGUCGGAUUCAUCGUCACGAUGUCCUUAGUGACUAUGGUGUGCAUAUGAUCCAGCGUCUUCUCGACAGCAAGCUGCCUCCGAAGGAAAUUGUGUGGACGCAUAUUAUCCCCUCGGCGACUUCGAUGAUGGCCAACCAGGCUCAGCUAUUCAUGCAGUGCUUGGACUUUUAUCUCGAGGAGGAAAAUGCCUGCCAUCUUGCAGAGAUUCAACGGCUGUCUAAGGAGAAAACUCCAGAAUCUGAUGAACUUCUUCUGCGAUACUUUAUGGAAGGCGCACGUAUCCGGUCAACGGUUGCUUUACUUCGGGAAGUUGUGAAGCCCACCGUUGUCGAAGACAAUGGUGAAAAGGUGACAUUGAAGACGGGCCAGCAAGUCAUAUGUAAUUUGGUUUCUGCAGGUCACGAUGCGAAGGCAUUCCCUGAUCCCGAGACGGUCCGCUUGGAUCGUGACUUGAGUCAGUAUACCCACUUUGGCUUCGGUCCACACCAUUGCAUUGGGCGUGAAAUGUGCCAGCUUGCUCUCCCUACAAUGCUUCGGGUUGUCGGACAGCUGGAGAAUCUUCGACGUGCUCCCGGCCCACAGGGACAGUUGAAAAAGAUUCCAAGUACCGGCGGCAUCACGAUGUAUAUGGAUGCCGAGCAGAGUGCAUACUCGCCAUACCCAGUGUCAAUGAAAGUGCAGUGGGACGGUGCCUUGCCCACACCCACCUGCUAG